AUGUUAUUUUGUUAUUUUCUUUUUAAAAAAUUGAUUACUUUACUUGUAAUAUUUAAUAUAUCAGAAUCUUCAUGUGUAAAAUAUUUUCAUAAAAGAUCCCUUUUUAUAAUUCCCAAACAGCAAUCAUUAGAAAAAAAUAGUUUUGAUAUAAGUAAUAAUGUUAUUUACAGAACUUCAACCUAUAAUAAUUAUACAAUAUUUAAUUUUAAGCUCUUUAAUACAUCUGAAAGAAGUGAAAAUCAUUUGACAAAUACCAAACAACCUCAAUCAGUAACUGAUUCUUGUGGUAAUAACUCUGCUGAUGACGUGUUAUGUGGAACAAAUGAAGGUAGUGAUACUUCAUUAGUAUCAUCAUUAUGCUCAUACGACUAUGGCCCUCACUUGCUGAAACAAAUUAAAAGCAGGUUGGACCAUUAUGAAGUCUUGACAAAGAAGUUCAAAGUUAAUCCAUACCCAGAAGUUCAACCUUCAAACGACUAUUCUAGUUUUUCUAAGGUAAUCAGUGAAAAUGAGAUUUUAACAAACGGAGAAGAAUCAGAUAGGUUCUACAAACUGUAUGGCAGAGUUGAAAGCGUUAGAUACGAUGGUCAUUUUAUUGACAUCAUUAACUGCAGAAGGGAUUUUUGUGAAUACCCAACCUCAGAAAUCACACUCAAGGGCCUUAGAAAAGAUAAUAAAAUACAACUUAUGUUUAGACUAGAAGAACCGAUACUUGUAGAUCAAGGUAAGCAUACCAAUGAUAAUGAAGAAAAUGUUUUAGCCAAUAAUUUGGGUGGGAAUCAAAAUCAAGAAUAUCCUUGUAAGGAAGUAGUUGAUUUAAUAGAUAUUGGAGACGUUAUUGAGCUGUACGGUAACGUGAAGAAGACGAAUUUAGGAGAAAUCUCAAUAAUUCCCAAGAAAAUAAAGUUCCUCUCAAAGUGUUUAAUACCACCUCCGAGUAAACAACAUGGCUUAAAGGAUGUAGAAACAAGAUAUAGGCUAAGGCACUUGGAUCUUCUAACAAAUGAACUCACGAGGUAUCAAGUUCUCAAGAGAUUCCAAGUAAUAUCAAAGAUAAGAAAGUUUUUAACUGAACGAGAGUUUGUAGAAGUAGAUACUCCAAUUUUGCAGCAUUACGCAUGUGGUGAUUUGGCAGAACCAUUUGAAACCUACUACAAAAGGCUAAACGAGAAAGUUAAGCUAAGAAUUGCACCUGAAUUCAGCAUCAAGAAAAUAUUCAUGGGUCUGCCCCUCACAAAGGUGUUUGAGAUUGGUAAGUGUUUUAGGAACGAGGGUUCCAGCUUGCGACACUCUCCUGAAUUCACAAUGAUUGAAAUAUACCAGAAAAUGGCAGAUUACAACACAAUGAUUAAACUCCUGGAGGAUUUGAUUAAUUAUUUAUUAUCGUAUGGGUUUGACGAGGAUUCUGUAUGCAAAAAUGUGUUUGAGAUUAAGUGGAGAAGUUCCAGAUUCUCUGACUUGAUUAAGGAAUACACUGGAAUUGAUAUAACAUUGUACAGUAAGGAAGAACUGAUGGACAAAUUCAAAGAACUCUUGUCAAAAACUGACAAUACAAGAUUAGAACAAAUCGAGUCAUCAAUGGAGGUGAUUACCUGGGGGUCGAUUUCAAACGAGAUUUUCGAGAAAUUCGUUGUUCCAAACCUAAAAUACCCUGUUCAUGUUACUCACUUCCCUACUCAAGUAUCACCAUUAUCAUAUUUUGAAUCCGAAUUUUCAAAAGAUAAUGAUUCUCAUACUUUUGAGAAAAUGUUCAGUCACAGGUUUGAGAGUUAUCUGGGUGGUAUGGAGAUAGCAAAUAGUUCAACUGAGCAAUGCAAUCCACUUAAAUUGUCGAAAUCGCUACUGGAGUCUGAAAUUUUUGAAGGAAAAGGAAAUAAUAUAAAGGAAAAAGAAGUUGAUAGAGAAUUUUUGAACGCAGCCUUCUCAGGAAUGGAGCCGAUGGCUGGGCUUGGAAUUGGUGUCGAUAGACUAAUCAUGUACAUUACUAAAGCUAAAAACAUCAAAGAAAUACAACCACUUACAAGUCUAAAGAGGCUAUAG